AUGAAUUCAGAUAAUUCAAAUCGACGAUCAUAUCUAUUCUUUUUUCCGAAAGUUCGUUAUCGCACCGAAAUUCAGAAAACUAAUCAGAUUUCUAUUUUUGAAUAUGUCAGCAGAACAUUAUUUGCAACGUGGUGGCAACCACCAAUUGCAAGUCAAGAAACUACUACAAUACGAGAUACAACUACUUCUACUACUGCUGAACUGGAAACUGCUCCAGAAACUGCUCUAGAAGCUGUGGACGAACCAAAAUGGGACCUGUAA